ACUUCACUAACCUGAAUCGACCCCGGGGAUGACUGUGCUGGUUGAAGGAGCGCCUAAGGUCAUGCUUGAAACUUGCUUGCGCUGCAGGUAUUUAGGCCUAACUGUAUGGCAACCAGGAUGAAGCAUCCCGCAAAUGAUACCAUCGGAAACUCAUGACUCAACCUUCAUGCAACAAACAAGCCAGUGUUCAAAAAGCAGCCUCAAGAUACCUUAUAAUCUGAGUCACCAAGUCGUUCUCUAUGAUCCAGGCUAUCCAUCUCCAGGAAAUCAGCGAUCUGAUCGCCUAUAGAUUCUAGGCAACUGUUCGGACGUUGGGCAAGCAAGCCUAGCUACGCAAUGCCAGGCAAUGUUCAAUGCCUCGAAGAGCUCUUCACACACUCGAAACACAUAUAACCAAGUCCACCUCGACAGCUCGCGGUAUCCCAGCCGCCUUCGCUAUCUCAUCACGGCGAGAGUGCCAGUACCGUGAGUUCCAACGCAGAAUGGUCUGGAAUGCAGCGGCCCCAAGGCCGACCCAUUUCAUAUGCUUUCCUUUGGUCACAGCGUCUUCCAUACCACAACUUGCAGACUCAUUAGCUUACUUCCGAUCCGUCACUGCACCAUCCGAGGGAAGCGAAGGGGGUCAGUCGACAGAGAGCGCUGCCACGAACGGCGGCCCAGAUCCGAGAUUACGCUUGAUCCCGGUCGGGGCACAUCGUCCGCCAGGCACAUUUCACUUGACGCUCGGAAUGAUGGAUCUGACUAGACCCAAGGACAUGGAGCAGGCGCUCAAGAUACUCCAGGACAUCGAUUACCUAGAAUUUCUUCGUGAAGCGGAGCACAAGCGUGAAGAGGUUCGCGGGAGGAGAGGCAAGAAGCCUCAUCCUACAGACGAAUCACAUCAGGAGCUAGGACCGGCGGCGGUAGAAGGUGAUCAGGACCAGGCUGAAGCAGAAGCAGACGUAGACGCAGGUCAAUCCAGCCCCGAGCCAGAGCGCAAGAGCAGGCCGCAAAAUACAUCAGAGAUCCUGGCAACAACCCUCGAAUCCCUGUCUCGCGCGAUAUCUCCACCCCCAACGAUUAAGUCGUCGAGAGGAGACGUGCCUUCUAAGAACGAUCCUCAGCAGUAUUCUCCGACGUCCAUAUCCGUCACGCUCUCCGGCCUAGGCACAUUCCCAAAACCAAGCAGUAGCCGAGUCUUCUUCGCCAACCCGCACGACAGCACAUCCCGCCUACAGACUUUCGGCGAGUUGAUUCAACAGCGUUUCAAAGAUGCUGGACUGGUCACAGAGAGCAGACCUUUGGUCUUACAUGCCACUGUCGCGAACAUGAUCUACGCCAAGCAGUGGAACAAGCAGCGAAGGAAGGGCGGCAAGAAGGACUCAGGGACAGUGGACGCAAGGGAUCUACUGAAGUACUUCAACGAUGGACGUGCUGCGAGGGACAGAGAUGAAGUCCGGUCCGAACACGGUACUGACGCAGGAGUUGGGCCUGGCAGUGAAUAUAUAUGGGCGAAAGACAUUCUCAUCGAUAGAAUACGGAUAUGUAAGAUGGGCGCCGAGAAGUCAGAGGACGAAGGCUUGGGUUUGGAGUAUAUGCCCGUUGCCGAGAAAGUGUUUGCGUCUUGAGUCGCUUACAUACAUACUGUGCACACACACCGAGAGUGAAGAGGGCAGGU